AACUUUUUUUUUCCAGAGACAGCAGCGGCGGCUCCUCCUCUCCACGCUCCAGACCUGCGGCCACAUCAGCGGGACGUUUCUCCAAAAAUACCGCUCCGUGAACAGCAGCCUCUGUCCGGUAACCGGCGGCUCUCCGGUGCUCCGCUGAUUCAUCUGUGAGCGCUCAGAGGGAUUAACGGGAGGACGGAGCGGGAGGUGAUGGAGCGGUCCCGUUAAAAGUUGAAGCCAAAGUGAAGCUGUGUGUGUGUGUGCGUGUGUGAGUGUGAGUGUGUGUCGGCGGCUCCUCCGGUGCUCCCACCGCGCGCAGCGAGCGGCUGUCCCCGCCUCGGAGGCCAUGGGCUGCGGCUUGAGGAAACUAGAAGACCCGGAGGACAGCAGCCCCGGGAAGAUCUACUCCACUCUGAAGAGACCGCAAGUGGAGACGAAAACGGAGACAGUGUACGAGUAUGUGCUGCUCGACUUCAGCCUGGAAGGUAGCCGUCCUACAGUUCAGUACGUGGCUUCGCUCUCCGAGCUGCCUCAGGCGCUGCAGCCCUACUACACACAGGGCUACGUCCUGACCGCCCUGCACCCCAUCAUCCUGUCUGUGGGCCGAACCCGCUCACUGCCCUUCAGUCUGCUCUACAGAGCCAUCCUGGCCCGUCCCAGACCGAGUAAGCAGAUGGCGUCCAUGUGCUACAGCGUGCCCAUGCUGAAGGUGGAGGAGUGGCCGUUACCCGGAGACUCGCUGACGGGCGACACGGUCAGAGCGCUCAUCGACAGGGUGAACAGCAGCGCUCGGGGAGGCGUUCGAUUCGUGGGCUCGGUCCUCCAGCAGGUGAGCGGGAUCACCAACGGCAGGGUGCACAGUCCGAAGAGGGGCUGCCGCUCCCCUCCACGCACCCCUCCCCGAACUCCGCCCGGAGACAGAGAGCUGGAGGAAAACACCUACAGUCCAGACUUGCGGUUGCUGGUCUUCUUCCACUCCUGGGCUCCGGGCUGCGCUCCUCUGGACUCGCUGGCCUGUCAGUACCACCAGGGGGCGCUCUCCAUGCGCGUCUCCAGGAAGGGUCAGGUGGUCAGCUCCCUGGAAGCUGAUUGGCUGGAGCUGACUGCCGCUUACUACCGCAAAGGCUGGUCGCUGGUGGACUCCUUCGUCUACUGGGACACGCCGAAAGGACUCAUAUACCACCUCAUGUAA